AUGGAAUUUCAAUUACAAGAUUCCGAUGAAACGUCAAUUCGUCGAGAGGAAAACAUUGCUUCAAUAUCUCAUAAGACAAAACAGAAACGAUUUCGUGUUUGUCUCCGUCGUCAAGCAAAAAAAAGAUGUCACAGGCGAGAAAUUAACUCUACAACCGAUCCGUUAUAUAUUUCACAUGAUUCUGUCAGUACAAAUUCCGAUAAUGAGAUACAUCAGUUAACCGAGCUUAUUGAACAUCAAAUAAACUUGACUAAACGGAGAAAAUUUAGUAAUCGAAAAUCUAUAGUUAUCGUCAAUUAUAAACCGACAGUAUUUUUUAAUGCAUCAACAAAUACGAAAGACAAAAACUUAUCAGAAUCAUUAGCAACAAGAUUCUUUCAUACUGAACUCAAUAAUCAUGAUAAAUUUAAACGCUCUACCACCUUACCAUCAAUGACUUUCAGUGAUGAGAAACAAUCAAGUAGUUUAAUUUCUCCAUCAACAAUUCCAACGGAUGAUGAUCGAUCAUCAAACCACAAUAGUAAUCAGAUGGCGAGUCAUGCAUACGAUCAAGCACAAGCUAAAAUAAGACGUCGACGAAGUCGAACUUGUGUAACAACUAGUUCCGAAAAUCAGUCUCAACAACACUCAUUAUCAUUUGAUCUUCCGGAUGUGGAUGAUCCUCGUCUCUUUAUUGACAUGAUUUACACACAAAUAUUUGAUGACAGUGGGAAACUUCGAAACGAAACAGUACACGAACCAAAUGAGUAUCCUGACUCUGUACAACAGUAUGUAGAGGAUUAUAGGCAUGAUGCAAAAAGAGAUUCGAUUUCGUCGUAUUAUUCAAAUGGAUCGGCAGCCUCGCCAAUUUUGUGUAAUGAGAACACAAAAAAUGCCUAUAAAAAACAUUCAUUAUGGAACAAAAGUAAAGAAUAUGAUACGUGGAGUGAAGAGGAAGAAGAACAAUCAGCAGCUUCACGAAAAGAGGACAAUACACCUGAAGAAUUUCAAAACAAAAAGAACGAUUCAGGAAGGAAUUCUUCGAUGUCCAAAAGAUUUAAUUUCAACCGCAAUGAUACCAAAUUUCUAUCACAGAUAUUAACGGAUACCGUCUUGACUCAACAACAGCAGCAAGAAAAACUUCCUUUUAUUCCAGCAUUUUCAGACACAUGUUAUCGAGAUGAAAUAGUACGAAAAAAGAGUACAAACGAUAUGGACGAUAUUCACAAAUUUCAAUUUUCUGUAGACGAUACAGACAAUGAUGCAUUAGAUACAUUUUCUGAUUUAAAUAAUACAAGUCUACCAUCGGGAUACAUCAAUUCUUCGUUGAAGUUAAAUGUGUGUCGUAAUAAUAAUAUUAAAAGUCAUCAACAUUCUGGUCAAUUGAAUGAUGAAAUAGAUGAUCAAAUACCAUCAUCUGGUUAUCAGUCACUUGAACGAUCCUCAAAGUCAUUUUCAAAACUUUAUAAAGACGGCGAAAAUACUUUUGAUUCACUACAAUUAAACGUGUCUGAUACAAAACGAACAUAUUUACAUAUGUUAAAUAAGAAUAGUCGACAUCGACUAUCAAAAUCUGAUAGUAGUUUGACUCAUCAUUUUAUUCCGGACUUUCAUUCAAAUAACAACAAAAAUGAUCAUCAUUUAUGUUCAAAUUGUUCUAUGUCUUUAGAAAAUAAUGAUCCGAUAUUACUUCCACAUGUAACAAUGAUGACAAAUUCAUCAACUUCAACAUCAAUUUUGGCCUUACGACAUUUACCAACAAGGGAAACAAUUAUGAAGUACAUCUCUUACAUAGUUAUAUCGAAAAAUGUCAUGCUUUUACCAUUAUUAUUGUUCUUAUUAAGGAAACUAAUUAUACGCCAUGGUUUAUUACCCAAACAAAUAAAGCACCCCCUCCAGGACCACCAUUAA